GUGCACCGGGCGGUCGCACAGUGAGUGACGCGGUUGGCAGUGGUCGCAGAGGGUUAGCAGUAGGUUCGAGGAAGGCCGGAGUCCGCAGACAUGGCGCAGUACAAGGGAGCAGCCAGCGAGGCCGGCCGGGCCAUGCAGCUCAUGAAGAAACGCGAGAAACAGCGGGAACAGCUCGAGCAGCUAAAGCAGAAAAUCGCCGAGGAGAAUGUCGUCAAAGCAAAUAUCAACAAGAAAUUCUCAGCUCAUUACGAUGCUGUGGAGGCGGAGCUUAAAUCCAGCACUGUGGGUCUGGUGACUCUUAAUGACAUGAAGGCCAAACAGGAGGCCCUAGUGAAAGAGCGAGAGAAGCAGCUUGCCAAGAAGGAGCAGUUUAAAGAUCUCCAGCUGAAACUGGAAAAACAGAGGGAGAGAGAGCGGAAAAAAGAGCAAAAAAGGAAGAUUGCCAGCUUGUCCUUCAACCUAGAGGAGGAUGAGGAAGAUGAAGAUGAAGAUUAUGAGGAGGAGGAUGAUGAUGAAGUAAUAGAUAAAGAGCUGCCAAAAAAGAAAAAGAAACUGGGAAAAAAUCCUGAUGUAGACACAAGCUUCCUGCCAGACAGAGACCGGGAGGAGGAAGAAAAUAAACUUCGUGAAGAACUCCGGCAAGAAUGGGAGCGCAAGCAGGAAAAGAUUAAAAGUGAAGAAAUUGAAAUCACAUUUAGUUACUGGGACGGCUCAGGGCACAGGAGAACAGUGAAGAUGAAGAAAGGAAAUACCAUCCAGCAAUUUCUGCAGAAAGCUUUGGAGAUUCUACGCAAGGACUUCAGUGAACUGCGAUCAGCUGGUGUGGAACAGCUGAUGUACAUCAAAGAAGAUCUAAUCAUUCCUCAUCACCAUAGUUUCUAUGACUUCAUUGUGACAAAGGCCAGAGGCAAGAGUGGUCCCUUGUUUAACUUUGAUGUCCACGAAGAUGUCCGGCUGCUGAGCGAUGCCACUGUGGAAAAAGACGAGUCGCACGCUGGGAAGGUAGUUCUACGCAGCUGGUAUGAAAAGAACAAACAUAUCUUCCCAGCAAGUCGGUGGGAACCGUAUGACCCAGAGAAAAAGUGGGAUAAAUACACGAUUCGGUGAUUCCGUUAGCUGCUACCUGUGUCCUCGCAGACUGCACAGCAUAGACUUCCUGUUUCUGCGUUUUGAAUACAUGGUUCACUUG